ACCAACCAUUCCUGGGCGAGACUCCUUAGAGAAAAAGGACCUGAGUACGUUCACCAAUUUUCGGAGAUGACGACUCUGCAUGGAGUUCGAUACCUUGGGGAGAAGAACAGAAGCCUUCUGGAAAGGGUGUUCUGGGGCCUAGCCUUGGUGGUGACGUACUCUAGUUGCUGGUACUUCGUGAGUCAGGUGAGCUCUGACUGGCGCACCUCCCCAGUGGUCAUGUCGGUGGAGACUCGCGCCACCUCCAGCUGGACCAUCCCCGCCCCCGCCGUCACUGUCUGCACCUCUAGCCACAUCUCCCAUGCCAAAAUAGACUACGCAGCUCUGUCCGCUACUAAGAACCUGUCAUCAGCCAUGAAGGCUCGCCUGGAAGUUAUCCACCAGCUGUGUGGAGACAUCGGUGGUGAGGCGGACUACCUUGAUGACAAUGCUAUCAAAUAUGUUAUUAACAACUACUUGCCAGACCUGAGACGAGUGUUUGUCUCUGUGACAAGGAUACAGGAGAAUCUACAACCUCUCUCUGACCUCAUCCAAGUAGUCAUCACGCCAAUCUCUAUCUGCUUCGUGCACAACAUGCUGCCCCUCAACGCUCUCUUCCGGCCGGAGUACCUCAGGGUGUACGAGCACUACGGCCUGUUCAGCGCAAAGACAGCGAAGCGGUCUCGCAGUUCGUGGACUCCGGACCUCGGCUAUCGCAGUGACAGACCGGAUGUGACCCCCAUAAGGCUAUGGGGUAACGGCUUCCGCAGCUCCACGAAGUACCUCCUCAGCAUCAACCAGAUGGACUAUGAUCCCGUCUGCAGCUUCGGCUCUAAGGCCUUAUCGAUCUACCUACACAACCCUGCAGAGGUACCUUGGAGAAUACACAAUAACGUGUACCUUGGAACAAGCUUUCGGGUGGUGGCUUUUGUUUCUCCUAUUGUAACAAGCACGGACGAUGAAGUGAAGGUGUGGAACCCAUUGAAAAGAGGCUGUUAUUUUGAGAAUGAGCGCUACCUUCGUUAUUUCCGCAUUUACACCCAACGUAACUGCGAGAGGGAGUGCGACUCCAAUAAUACAUUCAAGCAUUGUGGCUGUGUCCUUAUAAAUCACCCUAGAAGUUUAUCGAUGCCAGUUUGUGGGAAUCGGAAACAUCAGUGCGUAGAUAAAACCCAAAGAGAUAUAAUUGAGCAGGAAAUAAGGCAUGGAAGUAGUUAUGCCUGCAAGUGCCUCCCGUCCUGUAACGAUAUAGACUUUGACACAGAAACCCAUUGGAGACCUUGGCAGUUCAAAGUCAAUUCUACGUUUGCUUCGGUGCCCGCUGCUGUUGAUCUCAACUCCACUGCAGUGUCUCUGAUGGCCAUUGCGGUAAAGAAGAAGUACUUAAACAAAACAAAACGAACAGCUCUAAUUGGAUCUGCAGCAUACGUAGCUAAUAUAGGAGGCAUCUUGAGUCUAUUCCUAGGCAUCAGCUUCUUGAGUCUUUUCGAAGUUGUAUACUUCAUCACUCUGAGAGUGCUGAUAAACUUUUGGAACAUGAAGAAAAGAGAAGCCAAGUUGCAUAAACAACAAUGUUGGAUAGACAAUAACUUCAAGAAACAACCUUUCAAACCAUAAGUGUGUAUGGAAAUUUAUUUUUGUAAUUUAUUUAUUUAUAAUUUAUUCUGCAUAUGUUGUACAAGUUAAUUUGGACAUCAUCCAAUGCACAUUAAAUAAAAUUGUAAAAUGUGGUCAGUUUAGUCUUUAGUUGAAUGUUAAUAAUAUCUUUCAAUGUUAUAGCAAUACUAAUUAUAAGUUUGUUUUCUCAGAACAAACGGCUUCACUCAGUAUUUUGCAAUAUUUAUCAUAAAUGUGUAGAAUAAUUAUUAAUGUACCGUUACAAAAUGAAAUGACAAGCGGUGUAAGCAUUUACAUGAGCAGACGAAGGUUUGAUUUUAUGUAUCUCAGGCUACAGUUAAGAACAGUAUGGAAAUUAAAUAUAUUACAAAUACAAAUUGUACUGUAUCUGAGAAGUGUUGUUCAUACCCAACCUUUCUUGUGGUUGCGAUGUCUCAAAGUAAACUUCAGUCGAUUCACUCUUCUGCAAGUUUCAAUGCAUACACGAUAAGAAAUCAAGUUAUCGCAAGAAAGUAACUACAACUAGUAGAUAUCUGAUUAUUUGUUCAAUCGAAUGCGAAUGCAUCCUUGUUCCCACCCAAACAUGAGAGUUC